AUGACACCACUUCCUCAACAACCGGUAAAGGCAGGUCAACAAGGCGACUCUGGCCCAGUCUUAGAAUUGAAGCCUCCACGGCAACCCUUUUCGGCAACCGUCCAGACUGGCUGUCAGGCCAUCUUCCUGCACCCGGGCUACGACGACGGCCACAAUAUCUUACUGAUACUUCCUGGUUUGGACUCGAGCGGAAUUCACCACGAGACGGCCCGUAUCGCAUGCGCCAUCCUCGCGGAUUCAAGAUGGGACGGGUUCCUGUCGUACGAGAAGGACGGCCCCAAGCUAGAGCAGGGUCCAGACAGUAUCCUGCCCUGUAGACGAUAUUACUUUUGCAUAGAAGGCGACGACCAGUAUCCAAUUGUUCCUUCAUUCAACCACUUUCGUUGCCCGCCAGAACUCCCCGCAUCAUGGUUACAGCCAGCCGCCCCGAUCAAAACGAGUCCCGUUGAAGAUGCAGGCAAGCGGGACAUUAUAUGCCGGAUAACGGGAUCCCUACUGCCCAACGAGACGGCGCACAUCAUUCCUCAAGCCCAAAGCGACUGGUGGCAACGAAACAGCAUGUUCACCUAUGCUAUGAAUCCCGACCAGAGUUUCGAUACCAACUGUGCCGAUAAUACAAUCCUCCUCCGCCGCGAUCUUCACAAGAUGUGGGACGAUCACCGAUUCGCGAUCGUCCCAAAGGCUGGCAAGUGGGUUGUGCAUAUUCUCAUGAGCAGCUCCACUGUUGAGUUGGAAGAAACAUACCAUAAUCUUGAGCUCCAACCCCUCUUUGCCGUUUCGAGAUAUUUCUUCUUCUGUCGUUUUGCUUUAGCCAUUAUCUCCAAAAGCCCUUUUCUCCGACAGCAGACGGCGCGGAGACUCGUAAUCCUCGCGGGUUCAGGACUCCCACACGUGCGGACCAUGUCUGCAGACGACUAUCAGCGCCUCAUCAACACCACCUCGAGAGGGAGCAGCAGGAGUCAGAGCCCAAAGAAGCGCCAGAGGUCAGUGCAAGGCGAAAUUGACUCUUCGGAUUCGCCUUCCGAGGCUGAGCCCACGCCGAAAGGACGCGACUUCCCAGAGCGGGGUCGUCCUCGGAAGAGAAGACUAUCACACACAAGCGAUAGCGGUGACCACCAUCGACUGCCAAGGAAUGGACGCGCAUCAGACCAAAUAUGGACAAACCGUUGCGAGAACGGUAGCCCACUGCAAAAGCGACGACAUAAGUGCCAAGGCUUGACGCAAUACGGCACACCUUCACGAUCAACGAGCCCAAACGGGCCUUGCCGCCUCACACUCGAAGCGCCUUCUGCAACACGUGAAUAG